GCGUAUCGACGGCGGCGGUUCGGGCACGCGACAUUCGCCGACUCCGCGGCACAGUCGGCAUCUCAUCGGCCUGUAGAGACAUUAUUACGACGAUAAUUUUAUAAUAAAUAAUUAAUAAUAAUAAUAAAAACAAUAAUAACCGUCGCCGGAGUGUGUUUUAAAGUGAUAAAAUAAUAUUACAAUACACUAUUAUUGUAAAGACCGCUUUUAACAACUAUUGUGCGCGAGUCGGAUGCCGGAAUAAUUCGUUAAAGAGACGACAGACAAUCACGCUGCAGUCGUCUGCAUAAUAUCCGGAAAGGAAUUUUUUUUUUUUCAUUUCCAUAUUUUUGUGCGUACAGUUUCCGACCACAUCUGCGUUCGAAUCGUAUAUAAUAUAAUAUCUUCGUGUGUUUUUUUGCCCGUCGAGCUUUCCUAAAGAUACGGUUCGUCUUUUUCGGCCUGCCUCGUCGCGAUAUCCGUUUUUUUUUUUUUUAACAGUGCGUCUAUCGUAAUACGUAUUCAUCGUAUAAUACAUAACCGCAGCCUCAGCCGUCGCCGAUGAGACCUGGUGGUGCCAAGGUAUCCUCCAUAGGUGGGCACCCCGCGGGACUUAAAGGGUCAUGAAAAAUUCCUUCAAGACGUUAUGGAACACCUGGCAAUGGGGAUGUGGCCGAACUAUCAUGUCCGCCGUGGCUGCCCAUGUCAAUUCAAUUUCCGUGGGCAUGUGUCAGGGGUUCUCGGCGGUUCUCCUUCCGCAACUCCUCGACUCCAAUAGUUCCAUUUUGGUGAACAACGUGGAAGCGUCGUGGAUAGCCAGUUUGGGGGUCAUAUCAAAUCCUCUAGGAGCGUUGAUGUCAGGAGUUUUCAUGCAGACCUUAGGAAGAAAAACAACAGUUCAAUUGACGUCUAUACCAUUCUUAAUUGGUUGGACAAUAAUUGGAUUGUCUACAGACAUAACGUUUUUAUGUCUGGGUCGAUUCAUAUCAGGAGUGGCUAUCGGCAUGUCGUCAGCUUGUUACGUUUACGUAGCCGAAGUGAGCUUGGCUAAACACCGAGGGGUUCUAUCGUCGUUUGGGCCGAUUUUCGUGUCUAUCGGGGUUCUCAUCGUCUACUCCCUGGGGUCGAUCAUGCCGUGGCAGGUGGUCAGCAUCCUGUGCGCCCUGACGUCGUUCCUGAGCUUCCUGUCGGUAAAUUUGACGCCGGAGUCACCAUCGUGGCUCGCGUCCAAGGGCCGCGUGGCGGACGCCGGCAAGUCACUGAUGUGGCUGCGCCGGAAACCGUCGCUGGCCGACAAGGAACUGGCUGAGAUCCUAAACAACCUGGACGACGGCAAUGGGUCCACCGCGCCCACACUCCGAGACUUCACGGCGCCCGCCGUCUGGAAACCGUUCCUUAUACUGGUGUGCUUCUUCGUGCUGCAGGAGGCCAGUGGCAUAUACAUAAUACUGUACUAUGCGGUCAACUUUUUCCAAGUGGCCGGCUCAACGGUGGACAGCAACGUGGCGUCGAUAGCGGUCGCGGUGUUACGGCUGGUCAUGAGCGUCACCGGGUCCGUGUGCAUACAGCACGUGAACCGCCGGACGAUGGCCAUGGCGUCGGCCAUCCUGAUGGCCGUGUCGAUGGCCGCGUGCGGCGCCUACGAGUCGGCGUACGGCCCGCUGUCGGUCGAUGCCAGGCCGUACGGGUGGGUUCCGCUGGCGUGCAUCCUGUUCAACGUCAGCGUCAGCAUGCUGGGCAUGGUGCCGCUGCCGUGGAUGAUGAUCGGCGAGCUGUUCCCGCUCAAAGUCCGCGGCAUAAUGGGCGGCCUGGUUCCGUCGCUGGGCUACUUCUUCAUAUUCGUCACUGUUAAAAUGUCACCAGGCUUGAUGACGGCGCUGACCAACGAUCAGAUCAUGUGGCUGUUCUCGGCCGCGGCCGCGGUCGCCGCGUGCUUCGUGGCCGCGUUCCUGCCGGAAACGCGGGGCAAGACGCUGGUCCAGAUCGAGAAACUAUUCAACAGUGGCGAGCAUAAAGUGACCAAAGGCACUGAAUACCUGGAAAAAAAGUUCAAGCCUAACGACUCUUCCGCGGUGUACACCAUUAGUUCGUUAGUGGACGUAUGUCACAAAUAACCACCGCGACACUACACGUUAGGCAUUACCUACAACUGCAGCGACGUGUCGUAAAAAAACUAUACUUACCAUCGAUUUCGAUCAAAAUAAUUUUACCUAUACCACGUGGUAGUCGUUCACGUCGACUAUUUGGACUGAAGGGCACAGCUCUGGACAGGUAACUUACGAUGAUGCGCGACGCACGAAUUACCUGUAGGUACCUAGUGUAAGUACUACUUAUGACUCAGCCUAUUUCGUUUUUUCUGUUUCUUUUCGAGUGUCGUGUUCGCACAUGUUGUUAUCGGAAAUGAAAUUCGUCCGCCAAUGAGUGUAGGUACCUAUAACACACCAAAGUCAAUUCGAUUUUUUGUACUUUAGCUAAUUAGCUGGUAUCAGUGGUAUCAGACACACACACACACACACACACACACACACACACACAUACACCCACAAAGAUAUUGAAACACCUAUUUUUAUUAUUUAUUUUUUGUUUAUCGACAUAAAAAUAUUGUAAGAAGACAUAUAGAGAUCGAGUGUAAAUUCUCCUAUUAUCUAUAUAUUUUUAUAUUUUAUGUGGCGUUAAUGGACUUAAUGAAAACUAGUAAUAUAAAUAUUUAUUAUAUUAUAUUGUGUUACCUAUAUACCUUUAAUACGGCUAUUAUACACGUCAUCGUGCAUGAUAGCGUCAUAGCGAUAUGUGAUUGAAAUCAAAUAACAGUUUAUGUUAUUUUAUACCUGUAUAGUUAAGUAUUUAUCAAUUUAUUUAUUCUAUAAUGAUAUUGCCUAAAUUGUAAAUAAAACAAACUUGUGAUAUUAUUUUAUUGUUAGGCAAAUUAUGUAAAAUCAAUUAAUGUUAUAUAUCAUGUACAUUUUUUAUAAAAUAAUUUAUUACCUGUAUUAUAUAUUGAUAAAAAUACAGCAUAAUACUAAAUAU